GCGUUCGCGCGGACGGGAGGAGGAGGGUGCACGCGCGCACACUCGUCAUGUGACCGUGCUGUUCCCCGCCCCACGACACGGCAGCGAUGCGCUCCACGUGGGGGUGUCAGAGGCGGCAGCAGCGCCCCACCUCUCCCUCCACCCACCGCUCGACACGCCGCCGCCCGAUGGCCCGACUGCGUCCUUUCGUCUGCUAUAACUCCCCCUCUGUCUCUCUCUCCUGCUGGCUUUAUUCCUUCCGCUUUAUCUACGCUCAGAGAGACUUGCUGUGCGUGGGCAGCGAGGGGACGGAGAGAGAGAAAGGCGGUGACUAAAAAUUAAUCAUGUCAGGCGCCGUCGACAGUCCGUACAUGAGGGAAGAGGGCUGCAGAGGCGUAUAGGGCUGACGUCAGGAUUUGGUGGCUGGUAGUGUGAGAGCGUUGGCGAGAAUAGUAGUCACAUGACGCCCUCUGCGACACGUCAAAUCAGACGGCGGCUCGCUCUCAUUUUCUUUCGUUGUCUCUUUGAAGGAGAGUAGCACGCCUCCUCUCCCGUCCUCCUCGGUCUCUUUGGGCUAGAAGAUACGGAAUAGAGAGAGAGAGAGAGAGAGAGAGAGAGAGAGAGAGAGCGAGAGAGGGAGAAUCGACAUGGGAUCGAGAGGAGACGGGCAUCAUUACAGAGGGGUCCGGAAGAGGCCGUGGGGGCGGUACGCGGCGGAGAUAAGGGACCCGUGGAAGAAGACCCGGGUGUGGCUCGGCACGUUCGACACCCCCGAGGAGGCCGCGCUCGCCUACGAUCGCGCCGCCCGCUCCCUGCGCGGCGCAAAGGCCAAGACCAACUUCCCCUACCACCACACCUCGGCCCCUCCGCCGCUGCACCUCCCGCCUUCCGCCACUCUCGACCUCAACCUCCCGUGCCACUGCUGGCUCGUCCCCGCGCCACCGCAGGCCGUUCCUCCCUCUCCGCCACCCCCGCCGUCGACGGCGCUAGUCCUAGGCAGUUUCGCACUCUAUGACCCCGCCAAGACUCCGUCACCGGAAGCGAGGAACGCGGCAGCUCCAGACACGCCGGCGUCGUCCUCGGCCUCCCUCUUCCGGGACGUCGGGAGGGAUUUGCUUCUCGAUCUCAACGAGCCGCCGCCGGCAUCGUCACUGCUGAUUGGUUGAGCAGCUAUUUUAACUACUGUUCUCUUCCGUCUACUCUUUGCUCAUCUCUCCCCCGCAAAGUUGUUUUCCCCCGUCUACCUCUUGCGCUGGAAUCAUAUUUCUGUUUAGAUGUAAGAUCAGACGACCGUGUAAUUAGAGACCUUCUUUUCGAACAA